UGAUUGGCUUGGUUCCCCCCAGCCCGCGAGUACGGAAGUAGGCGAGGAGGUGUGGCUGUUGAUUGGCUGUUGCGGAGAAACGGAUUGCAUUGCGGUGCAUUGUGGGGCGGACGGCGCCCGCUGACUAGUUCCCUCUGACCGGAAGGAGGUGAUAUACGCCGGGAGAAGCGUGCGAGACACGGUCUUUAUGGCGGCCAUAGGGAUCCACCUGGGAAGCACAUGCGCGUGCGCCGCCGUUUACAAGGAUGGCCGUGCAGAUGUUGUUGCCAACGAUGCAGGUGACAGAGUUACUCCCGCUAUUGUUGCAUAUUCAGAAAAUGAAGAGAUUGUUGGUCUGGCAGCAAAACAAAAUAGAGUGAGAAAUCUUUCAAACACAGUAGUGAAAGUGAAACAAAUUCUUGGGAGAAGCUCUGGUGAUUCACAAGCUGAGAAGUACAUUGCAGAAAGUAAAUGUUCACUAACUGAAAAGAAUGGAAAACUUCAUUAUGAAAUAGAUGGCAAACUUAUUUCCCCAGAAGACGUUGCAAAGUUGAUCUUCAGUAAAAUGAAAGAAACUGCUCAGUCUGCUUUGGGCUCGGAUGUCAAUGACACAGUUAUUACAGUGCCAUUUGACUUUGGAGAGAAACAGAAGAAUGCUCUUGGAGAAGCUGCUGUGGCAGCUGGGCUUAAUGUCCUUAGGCUAAUUCAUGAACCAUCUGCAGCUCUGCUGGCUUAUGGAAUUGGGCAAGAUUCACCCAGUGGAAAAAGCAAUGUGUUGGUGUACAAACUUGGAGGAUCAUCCCUUUCUAUCACAGUUAUUGAAGUUAACAGCGGACUGUAUCGUGUUCUUUCCACCAACACAGAUGACAGCAUAGGUGGUAUCUGUUUCACAGAAGCCUUAGCACAACAUUUAGCUUCUGAAUUUCAGAGAUCUUAUAAAUAUGAUGUGAGGGAAAACUCCAGGGCCAUGAUGAAGCUAAUGAACAGUGCUGAAGUUGCAAAACAUUCCUUAUCAACACUGGGAAGUGCAAACUGCUUUGUUGACUCGUUGUAUGAUGGCUUGGAUUUUGAUUGCAAUGUUUCCAGGGCCAGAUUUGAACUUAUUUGCUCUGCACUUUUUAAUAAAUGCAUAGAAGCCAUUAAAAAACUCUUGCAGCAAGUUGGACUUAAAGCAGAUGAUAUCAAUAAGGUAGUUCUCUGUGGUGGAUCUGCUCGUAUUCCAAAACUACAGCAGUUGAUCAAAGACCUUUUCCCAACUGUUGAAUUGCUGAACUCUAUUCCUCCAGAUGAGGUCAUUCCCAUUGGGGCUGCCACAGAAGCUGGGAUACUUUUAGGAAGAGAGAAUCUCUUUUUAGAUGACGAGAUGCUGUCUAUUGAAUGCUCUGCCAAAGAUAUCUUAGUCAAGGCAGUGGAUGAGUCGGGGGCUGAUAAAUUCAUGAUGGUGUUUCCAUCCGGAACUCCUUUACCAGCUCGAAGGCAGCAUACUUUACAGGCCCCAGGAGGCAACUCCUCUGUCUGUCUUGAAUUGUAUGAAGCACUAGAAAAAAGUCCCAUAAAAGAGGAAGACAAAUUUGCACAGAUUGUACUCCAGGAUUUAGAUGUAAAGGAAGGUGGUCUGCAUGACAUACUAACUGUUCUCACAAUGAAAAGGGAUGGAUCCUUGCAUGUUACAUGUACAGAUCAAGAUACAGGAAAAUGUGAAGUCAUCACUAUAGAAGUGGCAUCAUAGUCUUGAACUGGAAGACUUUUUGUGUGCUUUUGUUUCCCAUAGCUGAUACUUGGUUUUUUUUUAAGGGGGUUUUAAGUGGAAGAUGCCAUAACUUAGAGAAUACAAAGUAUUGGAACUGUGGAGUUUGCACAUGUUUCUAAAAAAAAGGGAAAGGUCAGAUCAUCACAAGUAGUGGACAGCAGAUGUGUAAUCAGUAAUGAGCUACAAAAAAUUACAGCCAUUUGUAGUUGCCCUACUUAACUCAGAUUAAACUAACUAUAUUUGAGCUAAAGUAAAACAGGAUUUGGCUGAAGAAUCCUUAAGGCUGAUUUUACUACAUGCAAAUAGUUCCAACUGGUUCAUGAAUAGAGGGCAUUGAAGAGUAUAACUUGUAUAUUAAUGCAAAUGUUAAUAAAAUUUAAGGUUUUGUAUUGA